AUGAGUCUUUAUCCGUGCAAAAUGUGCGCUUUGCGAGAAGACGACACACGAUUGCGCUCUCAGUUUAUUUUACAACCCGCUCGGAACGAUACGUGCAUUGACGUCAGUGACGGAAAAAGCGCUCAUUUCGUGCAAACCCCGUGCAAUCGACCCAUUCGCCGAGUGGCUUCGAAAUUGUCACGAAAGCCAACGAAUGAGAUCGAGAGACUGAAGAGGAAAGGCGACAACUGGACAGCGAACGAUUUGUUCCGCUUUCAGUAUAGCGAUCCUGAAGAAGGCACCACGGAAGAGCGCCGAGAACUUUGUUAUGCUUGGCUUGAUCGUCUUUUGGCCAUCUCAAAGAAGUACUGCUAUCUGGCUUGGUACGAGUCGGCCAUCUAUGCGUGCUAUUAUCGGCUCGCACCAAUUAUUGCGGAAAUGGAUGAGAAACGGAAGAUUUGGAAGGAUGUGAAACGAGAAUAUGCGGAAAUUUUCCUUAUG